CUGGGGAGAAGAGACAAAAAGUUGGAUUACAGGAAAAUGUUUUGCGGCUCAUCCACGGAGGAGGCAUGCGGGAGCUGGCUGGUUUGUCCCCCCGUUCAGGAGCGGGCCUCCUCCUGCUGCUGUUGAUCCUGCCGGUUCUCCUCACUGUGCAGCUCCUGGUCCUGGUGCGUCUGUGGGUGGAGGAGAGGGACGGAGCUGUUGCCCUCACCGUUAUCAGCAUCGAACCGGAUAGGAGCUCCACAGGCCAGGCUUGGAGAGCCCAGUUCAGGCGACCGGGGUUGGAGGAGGAGAAGGAGAUGCAGGACGGAGAUCCGAGGAGGAAUGUGGUGCGAGGGUUUGAGGAUGAGAACGAGAUGGAAGAGGUGAGACCCGGAGUGAUGGAGGAGCAGCUGUGGGCGGCGAACAAGCCGUCCUUCUUUGCAGAACUCAGCCGCAUUAUCAAGUAUAUCACAAGCCCUCAGCUGAACUGCUCCAGGGUUUUACCUCCAGGGAAGGCUCAGGCAGUGACGCCCCCCGUGGCUUCAGCUCGCUGGCUGCUGUGUGCAGAGGACUGGUUGCUUCCAGCUCCACACAGACUCUGCGUUGCCUACUCUUUCAGUUUGGAUGGAGGAGAUGCAGACUUUCUGAGCACUGUCUCCAGGCUUGGAUGUGAAAUCCACCGUUUUGAUCCCAGCACCUCCAGUGCAUCUGUUGGUCACCUUGGCAACAGUUUGGCCAGUAACCAUGGCAACAGGGGCGUCUUCAGCCAGCACAAAUUGUGGCUGGAAUGGCGAGCUCCAAAGAGGCACAGGCACAGGUGGAGCGGCAGCCCGGGCGGGGUUUCUCACACGCUGGCUGACAUCAUGGCAGAGCUGGGACACCACACCGUUCAUUUUGUGUAUGCUGACCUGUUAAGUGCAGAGUGGCGGAUUUUUCAGAGCUGGAUCGAGAUGGGGACUCUGCAGAACAUUCAUCAUCUGGUUUCCACUGUGCACCUGCACUGGGCAGGCUUUGAGGUGGGAGGCAGCGAUGAGGAGGUUCUCCGCUACUGGUUCAGUGUCCUUCGGGGCCUUGAAGCCUCUGGAAUGCACCUGGUUCACAGCUCCUCAGGAGAGGGUCACAGUGUCCUGAAACGCAGCACAGAAAGUGCUCACAGCUCCUACACCCUCAGCUGGGCCAACACAGGACACUGAUUAUCAACAUGCACAUCUGUGGAACAGAACAAGAAAGAAUAUGAUUGAGCAAUUCAUUCUGUCUUGAUCUUUAUUACUAGGUGGUGACUUUAAUUGUAUAUUUAACUUGAACAUUGAUAUAUCGCCCAUCCUGCUACUCCAGUUAAAGAGUAAAAAUGGAAGAUUUCUGUCAAGGUUUAGAUUUAAAUUAUCAUGAUAGGAUAUUUCACCCUCUACAAAAGGACUACAUUUUUUUUUUUUUUUGUUCAUCUCUUCAUCGAUCCUUUUUUCAGAAUAACCUACUUGUAAUCUUGGAGACAUAUUUGAGCCGAAAAGUUAAGUAUAAUUGGCACAAAUUUCAUAUCAGUGUAACUAUUUCCCCCCUAUGUAGAGACCCAGCUCAUAGACACUGGAUAUUCAAAGCCACUGUAAGUAACCUGUCAAUUUAAUAAAUAAAUCACAAGAUACGAAUGCCUCUACACUACGGAAGGCUCGUAAAAAAUAUAUAUGUUGGAUAAUUAUAUUUUACACAUCAGCACAUAUGAAAGAGGCCCAAAAGCAGCUGGAUCUGGAAAGGACAGUAGAUAGGUUGGAAGGUCAGUUUAGAAAAUCUUGCAGUAGCUUCUAGGCAAAAAAGAGCAUUAAUUACUUGAAUCGGGUAAUAAACCAGGACGUUUGCUAGCUCUCCUGUCUCACUUCAAUCUGUAGCAACGCUAAUCCCUUCUCUCAUAGACAACAAUGGAGGGCGGUGUCCUAAAACCACUGAUACAAAUGAAGUAGUAGAACCUUUAUAGCUCAGAAUGCACAUCUUUCUCUGAGACAAGAACCACAUUUCUUUGUAGGAUGAGAAAUGUGGUUCUUUAUUAAAGGUACAGAAGGCACAGGCAGAGGUGAGGAGGAAGUUUUAAAAGCCAUACGGGAAUACCAUUAGUCCUUAAAGUGAUUCUAAGAGAUUAGAUCUUGAGUGCAAAGACUGGAAACAUUUUACUGCAUCAUUUUACAAACUCCUUAGCUCUAACAUAUCAUCUAUUAGAUAUUUCACUCCAUUUGGGAAAGAGGUCUGACUAACGAAAAAAUUAAAGCCAAUUAGCAAACAGCAAUAAGACUGAUUGGCUCAAAAGCUACGCGUAAAGAACUAAGGGAAGCCAAAUAUAAAAUACAGCAUAGAUUGCUUCUUACUCCUGUUUUUUAAACACAAUUGAUUAAUUAUUUUCUUAUUAAUGCAUUAAAUGCAUUUUAGAAAGGAGGGAUUAUUUCCAUGACUUUGUGAAUGUAAACAGGUUUCUGAAUUUUGAAAUCAGGGCUAUAUUCAAAACUAAAACUAAGAGGCUUUCCUCCCUGGCCUCGUUCUAGGAACCUACAUUUUGCUGUAUUAGAUUAUAGGCUUUCUGGAAAAGUCUUCUUCAAUACUAGAAACUACUUAAAAGGACCAAAACUCUUUUUCCUAAUAUCACCACUUGGUACAAGGAAAUCUUUAAAAUUCGUCCUUAUACUGUACAGGGUAGGGAUGAGAUAUUUCUUAAAAUGCAGACAUCCUCUCUGGAAUAUGCUGUAUACCUUCAGAUCUGAAACGUUGCUAGUAAUAUGAGUUUUCUACACUGAAGAAGACUUAUCUUCUGAAAAUCUGAAGUUAAAGACCACAGUAGGGCUGCAACUAAAGAUUAUUCUGCAAAUCGAUUAAUCUGUCGAUAACUUUUUCGAUCAAUCAAUUAAUUAUCAGACAGCCAAAGGUUCCUUAAAGAAGACUUUUUGUCAAAUUAAACAAAGUAAAAAUAAAGCUUUUCCACUGGAGGAGUGGUGGAUAGCGCAUAUUGACGGACAAAAAAAGAUUUUUAUCUUAAAUACAAAAUGUUUACAAAUUUUUUUUUAUAAUUUUGGUAUAAAUACUGCUGUAAGUGAGUUACUCUGUCAGCUAAAGGCAUAUUUUAGAGUAUCUACUCUCUAGUUAAAGCUUAAUCAAUUACUAAAUUACUUGACAAUUAUUUCAAUUAUCCAUUAAUCAUGAAUAAUUGUUUCAGCCCUAUAUCAAAUCCACUGAGAACUGGUCACUUUAAGCCCUUGGAUACCUAUGGUGUACUUUUAUACUUCGUGUGCUGUCUGGUGAGGUAGGGUGGCUCAUUGUUUAGUUUACGUGUUCUACUGUUUGUGUGUUUUACAGAGAAAGAAAUAAUAUAUUCAAUAUAAAUAAAUAAAUAUUGAAC